AUGGCUCGGUUUCGAAAGAAAGCAUGCAUAGUCCUGUUAUUAUUUACAAUAUUUGUUUUUGGUACCAUGAUGGGGUUGAGGACCUUAAAGCCCAGUGAUGGAUUCUCAGGCAUGGCCCCAGGGUUGGACCUGGGGAUGAUGGUUGGGGGAAAGAUUGAUCGCCGCUCUGUUUCCCAAGACAUGGUCGUGUCUCCAGGUCAAGCCCGUCCAGCUUCCAGCAACACCAAAGUACUUUUAUCGAACUCUGGACCUGAAGGAAUCAUUUUUUAUGACGUCCAUAUAUUUUACCAUUUGUGGUACGGGACUCCGCACAUGGACGGGAAAUACAUGCAUUGGGACCACGCACUGGUGCAGCACUGGGACCCCAAAAUCGCUUCCAGUUACCCAAGGGGAAGGCACAUGCCGCCGGAAGACAUCGGAUCCAGUUUCUAUCCCGAGCUUGGGCCAUACAGUUCCAGGGAUCCUGACGUUAUAGAGUCCCACAUGGAGCAGAUUGGAGCGGCUGCAGCAGGGGUCAUAGUACUGUCCUGGUACCCUCCAGGCCUAGCUGAUGACAACGGUGAACCCACAGAAGACUUGGUGCCAGCUGUUCUGGAUGCUGCCUAUAGACACAGCCUUAAGGUUGCAUUUCAUAUCCAGCCAUACAGAGGACGGACAGACCAGAGUGUACAUGACAACAUCAAGUACAUCAUCGACAGGUAUGGGGACCAUGGAGCCUUCUACAAGUUCACCACCAGCACAGGGAAGGUAUUGCCUUUCUUCUACAUCUAUGACUCCUACCUGACCCCUCCAGAGGCCUGGUCUGACCUCUUGACCCCCGCAGGCUCCCACAGCCUGCGGGGAACAGCCUACGAUGCCGUCUUCAUCGCCCUCAUCGUGGAGGAACGGCACAAACACGACAUCCUGGCCGGCGGCUUCGACGGCAUGUACACCUACUUCGCCUCAAACGGCUUCUCUUUCGGCUCCUCCCACCAAAACUGGAAGGCGAUCAAGGCGUUCUGCGAUGGCAACAACCUGCUGUUCGUUCCCAGCGUGGGGCCCGGCUACAUCGACACCAGCAUCCGGCCGUGGAACAACCACAACACGCGGAACCGCGUCAACGGCCGUUACUACGAGAUGGCCCUGCAGGCUGCGCUCGGCGUGCGGCCGGAGGUCGUCACCAUCACGUCCUUUAACGAGUGGCACGAGGGCACGCAGAUUGAGAAGGCGGUGCCGAAGAAGACAGUGACACGCCUGUACUUAGACUACCAGCCCCAUCAGCCUGAACUUUACCUGGAGCUGACCCGGAGAUGGGCUGAGCAGUUCAAUAAGGAGAAGGAGCAGUGGCUCAUGUGAACUGGCUUAGCGUGUGUGUAUGGACUGGCAGACUAUU